AACUGUACAUAAUUACGUGCACCGAGUGUAUGUGAUCAAAACACAAUUGCGCGUAUCUGAACGCGUCGCGUCACUCGAGAAAAAAAAACAAAAAUGUCAUCUUAAUAAAUGUCAAAAUUUCGCGCGCUUUUCGAUACCAUAGAUUAAAGAUUGGUUGUCAGUGUUUCGUGUAUGAAAGUGAUUUUUUUUUCGCCUUAUCGUGUUGAAGUGAAUGUGAAACUGUUUAUUGCGUAACAAUUAAAAAUUCUUCGCGAAUUGGAGAUGAGUUUUGCGGAAUUCUUGUGUAGCAGUGAUUUUCUGUGCUCUUUCUAUAGUAGUGACAGUUAAAUAACGAACAAGAACGCUGGUGGGCCAUGAACAAUGCCUAGGGAACGUUCAGAAGACGGCGACUGUAAUGCUAUAGCGCGGCUCAUCAAGGACUUCUGCAGCUGUUCAGAGAACGGCACCUGGUCUCCCGAGAUGACCACAGACAGACGGAAGGGGCCACUCCUCAAGAGUGAACUCACGAACAUGUCUGCGAUGCGCCGAAGAAUCAUAUCACUCGCAAAAAGAAAAACAAAAGAAGUCCCGGAGCCGCCUAAACUGAUCUACGGCAACACGUUCCAAAAAAGUUCAGAGACUCUCACUUCAAACUUGGUGAAUACAACGAUCAGUUCUCAAAGCAGCACUCUCCGGAGGAACAUCGACAACUUCCUCCUCUCUCGAAGGAUGUUCGCUCUGGAGGAGGACAUAUACGAGAAACCCAUUGUAAAGACCCCUACUUGUGGAGAGAACUGGUCUCUCAGUAAAGCGUGGCGGAACAACAACUCAGAUUUCUUCAACCGCUCCCCUACCCUCGAUUCUCACCGGCUAAUUGAGCGGAACCACACCCAACUCGAACGAAUAGACGAGAUCCCGCAUCGGAAAAAACGAAAUAAGAAAAUGAAGGAGCAAUUACGUUACGAUAGGAAUAUUAAGAGGCACAUACGGAUACGGGUGAUGUUAUCUUUGAGGAUGAGGAGGUAUAUGAAGAGGAGGAUGAAGAAGCCUGGUCUGCAGGCUGCUCAGAAUGUCAACGUGCCUCCGAGGAGGUUUCCUAGAGGCACAUCAGUGACUUCCAGUUUUGGGACACGAUCCUACAGGAGUGUGAUGACGGACAAGCUAGGGGAUGGUGCAGUCCUGUUUGACAUCCAUGAGGCGAGGAAUUCCACCAUGGAGUUGUGCCACGAUUACGAGGAAGACCUCGACACGCUACAGAUUGCAUUACGCGCCGGCAAUUUUAGGAGCGGUCGGCUAGCGGUCGAGGGUUGGUGGUGCGGACGCGCAAUGCCAGGGUCGGGGGGGCGCGCCAAUAACGGCGCGUUGGCUCUGCACUAUGCCGCCGCGAGGGGCUGUCUGGACUGCGUGCGGCUGCUCACUAACACUACGCCUGAUGUGUCCGCCAACACGGCGAUGGACAAUGACGUGACUCCAGUCUACCUGGCUGCCCAGGAAGGUCACCUGGCCGUGCUGAAGUACCUGGUGCUGGAAGCUGGUGGCCGACUGGACGCGAGGGCUAGAGAUGGCAUGCUGCCGAUACAUGCCGCUGCGCAGACUGGGUGUUUGGACUGUGUUAAGUGGAUGAUAGUAGAACGCGGCGUGGAUCCCAACGCGAGAGACGGGGACGGUGCCACUCCACUCCACUUCGCGGCAUCUAGAGGGCAUCUGAGCACGGUGCGCUGGCUCCUCAGACAUGGUGCUAGGUUGCACCUGGAUAGACACGGCAAGAGCCCCAUCAAUGAUGCUGCUGAGAAUCAUCAUUUGGAGUGUCUGAACGUGCUGGUAGCAGCGGGCGCAGCGGGCCCGGACAGCAAGCAGCUCUCCUCGUACAAGGCGAUACACUCCUGCGCAUGUGCGCCGGGGGAGGCACGAUGCGCCUUACCAAACUGCAUCAACGCGAACGGGACCCGGUCUCCCUUCUACCUGCACGCGCCAGAGAGGGAGCGACGCAACUCCGUACAGGAGCGGCGCGGGUCCCUGCCGUCCACUGUGGGUAGCAUCAGCUCGGCGCGCUCGGGUCCCGCUGAUGGCUUGUACGUGAACCCCAUGAGGGCCACUUCGACUAGUGUGACGCAUCACAGCUCUUCGGGGGAGGAGAGUUCAGCCUGCUCAGCAUCAGACGCCGACAAUUCUGGUGGAUGGUUCCUUCACAACAACAAUACCAGUUCCGGAGCGCCAGCAGCCUUGUACCAGCGAGUGAGGGACCUGUUCCAUACGCGUUCACCAGGACCCAGGGUCCCUGCAGAAGGGCAGGAAGCUCCAGCGAUGACUGUGAAAGCAGAAAUCCACGGCUCGGCAGAGGCGACGACUGUGCAAGAACAGUCAGAUAGUGACAGCGGUGCUGAGGCUACUCGGCGUGAUCAUCAUUAUGAGGAUAUCUACGUGCCCAGGGAGGAACAUCAGAGGCGAAGGAGCAACUCUCGCGACUCUGGCAGCCACAGCAGGCCUGGCAGCGCCGCUCUCGUGGUGGACUACAGCACGAAAGACAGUACUGAUAGUGCAAGCAAGGCAUACGAGGAAGUAUCUCCGGCUUCAGAGGCACAGACCAAAUCAUCGAUAGCCACUAAACUGGCAGCCCUCACACAUAAGGCACAGAACUUUGCCAGCCGAAUUUCAUCAGCGGCUGGCAGCCGUCGCGCCUCAGUCUCAGACGAGGCGACAGUUGUCACCCAAGCUGCUUCAGCCUCAUCAGGCGUGUCCUCUGGAGGUAGUUCAGGAGACGAGGCUCCUCCACCCCCGCCCCCGCCACCUGCACCGCCGGCGCCACCAGCGCCUCCACCGCCGGUGGUCUUAGAGGAACCGGCGCUGAAGCCGUCUGAAGUCCGCGGGAGAUUGGCGGGGCGACGCGGCUCGGCGGCGUCCGCAGACGACGAUAGACCGCGCGGGCCCAACCUCGUCAACAAGCAAGCCGUGCUCCCCUUCGUGCCUCCCGCGUUCCCGCACAACGCGCCCGACCGCCUUAUCAAACCCUCGGAGUAUUUGAAAACAAUCACGGCGCCGUGCAAGCGGGACGACAGCGCGGCGGAGGCCCGCCCUCCGCCGCCGCCGCCGGUGCCGGCCGACAACGUGCCGCCUCCGCCUCCGCAGCCGCCCAUGAGCACGAACACACACCAGCCCCUGGCAGCCAUCAGCAGCGCUGAACUCUCGGCUGUCAGGCUCAGGACCCCAGCGACCAAGACAUUAUCCGCCCCACCCCCUGCUCGCUCCGUCAGUUUACAAUGUUUACCCAGCGCCGCGGAAAUAUACAAAAACGCCAAAACGGAUCUGAUAGAGGAACUGAAGAUGUCCAAGGACAUAACCGGCAUUAAGAAGUUGAAAGUGGAACGUGCGCGUCGCGAGAGCCUCCAGGAUAAGGAGACAUUCACGGAGUUCACCAAGAGGUUCACCGCCGAGAACUUUGUGGAACAGAGGUGUGCGCAGGUCCCAGAACGAGAUGCAGCUGGGAACGUGAUCCCGGCUUGGAAGCGUCAGAUGCUGGCCAGGAGGGCUGCUGAGAAGGCCCGGAAGGACUUGGAGAGGGAGCUGGCUGGGGAAGCGGAGAGAAGGAGGGCGGCUGCCGUGCCUGCUUGGAAGAGGCAGCUGCUGCAGCGGAGAGAAGAGGCUGAGAGCAGGUUGAGAAAUUCCCUGUACACUCCGAAAGUGGAGGAGACGAAUGGGCAGCCGAACGGCGAAUGGCGAGCGUACCCGAGCGGCACUCAGCGAGCGGUGUCCAUAGACAACAUCAGCAUGUGCUACGAUACUCCCGCGCAGCCGCUGCGAGCGCCCUCAGAGGCUAAGCUGUCUAGUGAUCAUUGUAACGGUCAUUCCACAUCUAACGGCAAACACGAGGACGAAGAAGAUGAAAAGGCAAAAAUAAUCCCCUGGCGAGCACAACUGCGCAAGACCAACAGCAAACUCAACCUCCUCGAGUAGACCUUCUUAGAGGCAGUGCCAGUGUUGCCCACCUCUCGCGAGGGCCGCGUGUGGACCGCGCGGCAAGAGGCCUAAAAGGCCUCGUAGCCCCAGACUUAGUCAAAUACGAAGAAACAAUGCUCAGACGAGAAACGAGGUUUAAAAUUUAAUUUAUUUAGGUUAGGGUGUAAUUAUUGCUAUUUAUUUUAUUUUUUAUUUCCACUCCUUUUAACGAGCAUUCGAAGCCCAAGGCCGCGCGGUUUCACAGCGGUAUUGAAAAGGCUAAAGUUUUUUACUUUUUAGUCAUAUUUGUAUCGUUUUCGUGAAGCAACGCCAUUAUGUAAGUUAUGUUCGUUGCUCGAUAUAAAUAUAAAACUUAAUAUAACGAGUCCAAAUAAUUGUAGAGUGAUUGUUAAGCGAAAUGUAUCGUAUUUAAUUGAUAACCGACAUUAUUGUAAGGAUGAUAAAACAAGUUUUUCCGAGUCGAUUAAGUAGAUUUAGACUAAAAGUAGAACUUCAACAAGUAGUUUUUUUAGUAACAUUUAUUUAUGUUUUCAAAAAUAUUUCUCUUACAUUUUUGUUUAUCAUUUGACGUUAACCUUUUUAUGUAUUUUCAACUAAAUUUUCAUACGUAUCUGGAAGUGAUCGAUACGUAUUUUAAAUUUAGUAUAUAAAAUUUCGUUAACGAUUAAAAUAUGGUUGAUGUAGGUACUUAUUUUUACUGUAGUCAUGUAAAAAUGUAAAUCUACUUAUUACGGUUUUAAACAAGUUUUAAAUAUUCUAGUUGUCGAUAUAAAAGUCUAUACUACUUAUAUGAAUCUCUACGGAUAACUGUUGAAUUCUAUCGAUCUAGGAUUAAAAAUAUGAUAAGUAAAUGAUCGAUACUCGAUAAAGAUUUACCGUCCACUCUAUAUAGAUCUGUAUUAAGUUAAGACGAAAUAAACGUUUAAAUAAAACAUUUUGCUCAAACUAGACAAUAAAAAAAUUGCUAGGCGACCGCUAGCCUUAAAAUUCGAUUACAAUUAAGGUUUUCACCCAAAAUAUUAAAUAUAUGAAUAAAAAUUAUAUAUUAAAAUGUACUUAAGGUUUUUUUAUAAUAAUGCAAGUGAUACCAUUGUUGCAAUAUUAGGUUUAAGCUAAAAUGUGGGCUUCUGCAAGUGUGUCCCUCUAUUGUCUAUGUGUGUUGAUUUUAUUCAGUACUUCUGAAUCUUAUUGUAAUGUUGUUAAAUAAAACGCUAUUUGCUUAAUCGUU